AUGAAAGCUGGGGCUAUUGUUCAGGAGGACAUUUCAGAAGCUUCUCUGAUAAUUGGAGUGAAAAGGCCUCCGGAGGAAAAAGUCAUUCCCAGGAAGACGUACGCGUUCUUUUCUCACACCAUCAAAGCUCAGGAGGCAAACAUGGGGCUCCUGGAGGAUCUUCUCAAGAAGGAAGUUCGUCUCAUCGACUAUGAGAAGAUGGUGGAUGCUAACGGUUUUCGGAUCGUAGCCUUCGGUCAGUGGGCCGGAGUCGCAGGAAUGAUAAACAUUCUUCAUGGACUAGGUCUUCGUUUCUUGGCCCUUGGCCAUCACACUCCCUUCAUGCACAUCGGCAUGGCCCACAACUACCGGAACGUCAGCCAGGCGGUGCAGGCAGUGAGGGAUUGUGGGUACGAGAUCUCCAUGGGCCUCAUGCCAAAAUCCAUCGGCCCCGUCACGUUCUGCUUCACUGGAACCGGAAAUGUCUCCAAGGGAGCCCAAGACAUAAUCAACGAGCUUCCUGUUGAUUAUGUUGAACCUCACGAGUUAAAGGACGUCUCUGAAACGGGAGGUAUGGAAGUUUCUUACAUCUGA